AUGAACGGUCAGGAAGGAGCUCAGCUGGCGCAGCAGCAACAGCAGCAGCAGCAACAACAACAACAGCAGCAGCAGCAGCAACAACAGGCUGCGGGGCAACAGCAAGGCCAGGCUGGAGGCGCGCUCGACUCUGUCAGCCUGGGCCAGCUUCGCAACUUUGUCAGCUUCCAGAAGCCUCGGGCGCGACGAUACGACUUCCCCACGAACGCCGAUUCGGACUCGAUCCGCAACGAGAUCGACGAGUACUACUCCUACGUCGAGGCGCCGCAGACGGUCGAGAACCGCCUGGCAUGGGAGGAGUGGUGCUCGCUGCCGGCUCACGUGCGCAGCGGAGGCGUGCGAGGCGAGGCCAGCGCAAAUGACGGCGCUGGCUACCCGCUCUCGGGUGAGCCGACCGAGCCCGGCAAGCUCGCCGAGGGUGGCGGGGCGCUCGGACUCGGCCUUGGCUUCGAGAGCGGGACCGCCCAAGGCGAGGCGAAUGCCCAUUCGGACGCCUCCCGGAGCAGGGGAGAACCAGUCUUGGGAGAAUGGACGACGCUGCCAUCGUCGGCGCGCAGGAGGACGUUCCAGUCGCUGCUCGCCACCUUGGAGGUCCGCGAUCCCGAGGCUCGCUUCCGCGCCUCGCGCGCACUCCUCUAUCUCCUUCAGGGUGCGUUUGCCGACACGUCGGGGCCUGACCACCAGCUUCAUUGGCUCCUCGAGAACGCCAGGAUGGUCCGAUCGCUCGGCGGCUUGGGCGAGAUCUACUCGGCGUGCAAGAUUGCCAGCUGGAAGCACGACUGGCUUAGCUCUCUGCCGGACCACAUCGCUUCGAGUGAGGGCGACGCCUCUGCGGGCCCCGACGGCCCUCACCCCGCCCCCUUGCUCACGCCGGAGGCCAAGCUCGAAUACCUCGAGGAGAUCAACCUCGAACUCGCCCUCUACUUUGCCCAGCUCUACUCGCUCAUCGAGGCGUCUCGCGGCGACGAGGAGUGGGGCGACGAGCUCAUGAGCCUCGACCCUCCGCUGCCCAUCUUCCUCUUCGGCCUGGUGGCUUCGCUGCGCGAAAAGAGCGCCAAGGGCUAUCCUGUCAAGAAGCUGCUUCUGCUGCUUUGGAAGUCGCUGCUCUGCACCCUCGGAGGUGUCGUUGAUGUGGACCGCUGCAAGCUCCUAGCCCGCGAGAUCGAGGGCCUCGGCCCGGUCGAAAAGGAGCAGAAGCGAACCGUGCUCAAGGCCAACCCGCUCGACUUCCAGGACUUUCAGCAGGAGAUCUCGGCCAAGUACCCUACUUUUGUGCCGCCGCCCAAGCACCCCAACGAGCUGCCCCUGGAUAAGCUGGCCUCGGCCAUCACUCCCAUCCCCGCACGGAAGCCUUAUGGCAGUUCCAGUGACGCUGGCCAGCGGAUCGACCCGAGGACCGGUCAGCCUAUUCCGCAGACAGCGGGGCAGGGUCAGGCCGGCCAGAUGGGCGCCUUCCCAGGCACGCCGGCGCCCUCGCCACCGCCCUCGCCGAAACCCAACAAGCAAAAGUAUCAGACGGACCAGACCCGGCCGUUUGUCUUUCCCUACAGCCGCGCCGUCCAGGGCAACCGGCUGGUCCCCAGCAGCAUCGACGAGGCCAGCCGGCUCUUCAAGGAGAACAUGCAUGUCAGCCUCGAGCUGUGGCAAAUGUGGCGGAUCCGGGAACAGGCUAUCCAGGAGGAGAGCGGCGUCGGCAGCGCCGCCGACGGCUCCCGCAUCGGCCUCGGUGUGCAGUCGGGCGGCCGAGGCGGGCGCAAGCCGUCCUCGGACGGGUUCGGCGGCGCUGGUGCUUCAUCGUCGCAGGGAAGCAAGAGCCCGACGGGCACCGAGCCGCCCUUUUUCGCCGCGCCGCAGAGCAGCUCGUUCAAGGUCAAGGGGGAGGCGACCAUGGAGCACCUGCUCGAGAUUGAAGAGGAGAUCGAGGCCGAGCUGGUGGCGGUCGAAAACGACCACAUGCUGGCUGCGCUCGACAACCCGCGGCACACUGAGCUGCUGUCGAAGCUGCAGCAGAAGCGCGCCGAUGUGCGGCGCCUGCAGCGGGUCGACAUGCUCUACCGCGCUGUGCUGCCGCAGCUGCAGAGCUCGGUGAUUGUGCUGCUCAAGCUGCUGCUGGCCACCGUCACGGCCAUCAACACCAACAGCGCCCACGCGGCCGCCAUCGCCGACGGCACCCCGAUCGAGGAUGCGCCGCCGCCCACGCUCGAGGACGUCGACGUGGCGCGGCACCGCGAGAUCCUCACCAAGGCCGUCAGCGCCAUCCUGCUGCUCUCGCUCAAGUGGUUCAAGGCGAGCCACGUGAUGAAGUUCAACUACCUCUCCCAGGUGCUCGUCGACUCCAACGCGCUGCUCCUCAUCCUCAAGAUCUUUGGCCUGCAGGAGGUGGCGCAUGCGGUCAAGACCAAGAACGAGGUCGACACCUUCUGCUUCUUCAACUACUGCUACCUCAACGGCGGCCGCGAGGAGAGGGGCGUCCGCGCAGAGGACUCGCUGCUUUCGCGCCAGAACAUUAUCGGGCCCGUCACCGUCAACCCGGGCACCACCAGCCCGCCGCCGGGCAGGCUGACAAUGACCGCCGACGGCACCGAGGUCGAGGUCGUCUCCGACUACUCGUGGCGCAACUUUUUCUCGAGCAUCAACUUUACCCGCAUCCUCCAGAAGCUGACCAAGCGCAAGGUGCACCGCAUCCUGCUGCUGGUGCAGUACAAGAGCUCGGCCAUCCUCAAGCGGUCGCUCAAGGUGCCGCAUCCGGGCCUCGAGCUCUACGUGCUCAAGGUCAUCAAGAGCCAGAUCCCCUUUUGCGGACGCAAGUGGCGCCAGUCCAACAUGCGCGUCAUCACCUCCAUCUACCUCAACUGCCGCCCGGACCUGCGCGACGAGUGGCUCUCGGGCUCCGACAUCGAGGCCGACGUCGAGGAUUCGCUGCCGCAGGAGCAGGCGCUGCGGUCGCUCGUCAAAUUCUACAACGCCACCCGAUUCGACCAGGGCAAGGGCGCUGCCGGGCUCGCCGGCCACGGCCACCGACGUUCGAUCAGCACCGGCAUGGCCAACGCCAACCUCUCGGACCAGGUGCCUGGCGCCAACGGCAACAGCAGCAACAACAACGGCAACGGCGAAGGCGGCCCUGACCCGUCGCAGGCCAUGUCGCCGGGCAGCCGCAACGGCACCAUCAGCUUCUUUGAGAGCGACGUGCUGCCCCCGCUGCGACGGACGCACCAGAGCAGCGCGCCCGGCGGCUACAUCCCCGACGACGUCGUCGAGGGCUACCUGGACACGUACGAGGACGUGCUGGGCGAGGUGUUUGGCGACAGCGUCCACGUCGCCGACGGCGAGGGCGGCGCCAACGGCAGCGGCUGGAGCAGCGGCAAGUGGGGCCUCACCCAGGAGGGCUCCAGCACCGCCUGGGCACGCCUCGGCGAGAUCCUGGGCGAUGCCGACGCCAUGAGCGAUGCCGAGUCGUCGGCCUCGAGCGGCUCGGGCCGAUCCAACUCGGACUCGUCGCCGCUGCGCCCCGUGCUCGAAUUUGGCCCGGAGCUCCUGACGGCCGACGACGACGGCAUCGCCGUCGAGGACGACGAAGACGAGCUGCCAAGGCCGCUGCCCCACCCGCAGGCCGGCGGUAUCGACGAGGUCGAACACAUCUUUGGGACCUAA